UUAGACCCAUACCGCGCACCGGACCAUGGUUUCCCGGCCGCCAGCUCCAGUCCAGUGCACCAAUAAUGGCCUUCCCGUCCAUAUAUACCCGCCCACCCCGCUUCGCACCACGGCACCAAACUCACCCACCUAUCCUCCUCCGAGCGAAACCAAGAGCAGCAACGAGCUGUGACUAGCAACCUUCUCUGAAUCUCUCUCUCUCUCUCUGCCGAGCAAUACCAUGGCGGCAUCUGUGGCCUGCGCCUUCUUCUUCGACGCCGAGCCGGUGGGCGAGCCCGGCAAGCACGCGCUGGACGCGUGCGCGCUCUGCGCCAAGCGGCUGGCGCGCGACAGCGACGUCUUCAUGUACAGAGGGGACACGCCCUUCUGCAGCGAGGAGUGCCGCCACGAGCAGAUGCGGCUCGACGCCGCCUGCGCCAGGCAGGCCGCCCGGCGGCUGCAGCGGUUCACGGCGGAGGCGGAGUGCCACCGUGGGCAGCGGCAGUCCAGGAAGGUGUCCAUCGCGAGCUAGCCGGCGCGGGAAGUUCUGUUUGGAUCGACCAGAUCUGAAUGAAUUCUGAAGAAAACUGCCGUUGUAUUCUGAAUGUCUAGGUCUCUCCGGCCGGUGCUCUCGCUGAACCGGAGGAGGCAUCAGAUGCACCUUGGCGCCGCCUACGGGAGGCCGGGCAGGGCUGCAUCAGGCGGCACGAAGCAUAGGUGCCUGUAGCUUUCCCGCAUGUGUCCAUGGCAAGCUAAUUAAGCUGCUCGGAUGGGAGGAAAUUGUACUUGUUCUCGGUCGGUCUGUGCCGUGCCGAUGAACUGAUUUGGUUCUAAACGGAAACAGAAAAGUAAACGCCAUGGAAUCAAACGAUUCACAGUUUGUUGAUCUUCA